CCGGGCUGCAGCAGCAGCGCGCGCCGCCCUCCGCUCCAGCCGGCCGAGGCCGUGCAGCAUCCGGCAGGGAGAUGGUCGUGCUCUCGGUGCCCGCCGAAGUCACCGUGAUCCUGUUAGAUAUCGAAGGUACCACAACCCCGAUUGCUUUCGUGAAGGACAUUUUAUUUCCUUAUGUCAAAGAAAAUGUUAAAGAGUACCUGCAGACACACUGGGAAGAAGAGGAGUGCCAGCAGGACGUCAGUCUUCUGAGGAAGCAGGCUGAAGAAGAUGCCCAGCUGGACGGGGCUGUUCCGAUCCCUGCGGCAUCUGGGAACGGGGAAGAUGACCUGCAGCAGAUGAUCCAGGCCGUGGUAGAUAAUGUGUGCUGGCAGAUGUCUCUUGACCGGAAGACCACGGCUCUCAAGCAGCUACAGGGCCACAUGUGGAGAGCGGCAUUCACGGCUGGCCACAUGAAAGCAGAGUUCUUUGCAGAUGUCGUUCCAGCCAUUAGGAAGUGGAGAGAGGCUGGAAGGAAGGUGUAUGUCUACUCCUCGGGGAGCGUGGAGGCGCAGAAGCUGCUGUUUGGCCAUUCUACAGAGGGGGAUAUUCUUGAGCUUGUUGACGGUCACUUCGAUACCAAGAUUGGACACAAAGUAGAGAGUGAGAGUUACCGGAAGAUUGCAAACAGCAUUGGGUGCUCAACCAACAACAUCUUGUUUUUGACAGAUGUUACUUUAGUUUUUGCUUUGGCCUGUCUGGCCUCCUCUUUGACUUUCGCAGAGGCCAGUGCUGCCGAGGAAGCAGAUGUCCACGUAGCUGUGGUGGUGAGACCUGGCAAUGCGGGGUUGACGGACGACGAGAAAACCUGCUACAGUCUCAUCACAUCCUUCAGCGAACUGAACCUGCCUUCUUUGGCAUAGAGCAGGACUUCUGAGGACGACCAGACUGUUCCCCUUAGUGUCUAGUUUUAUUCUAAUUGUAAGAGUGACUUACUUAUAUGUAGACACAUCUGUAUACCAGUGUGUGUAUAUAUAUAUAUGUGUAUGUAUGUGUAUAUAUGUUCAAAUUAAUUUCCAUGGGCACAGAAGUGAGGAAAAGUCUUCAGUUCAGUGAGAACAAAACUUAUUUAAAGAUACUUUAUAUAGUCCUAAUGAAGGCAGAGUAGUUGAUGGAAGAAAUUGCUAAAAUACAGUUCAAAUGUUUAUCACAUAUACCAGAUGGGAAGCUGAUUUUGAGAAAUAUUCAGAAGCCUUACAGUUUAAAAACUGCAAGUGAUUAAGAGGCAUUCCCAAGAGUUGAUUUCUUAUCCCCAUUUAAUUGUGUGCUAGAAGGUUAUAGCAGCUGCCUUCAGAUCUGUGUCCCUGAACAUGCAAGACACAGGCAGUUGUUCCUGCUCCAAAGAGCAGAAUUGGGGAACUCGCUGGGCCUGCUCCGUAGGAGGCGGCUUCCUAACUGCAGUACCGGGGAGCCAGCCCUGCCCACGUGAAGGAAGUGCGGGCGCAGCGGCUGAGAUGAGAACUCCUAGCCCUGCCAGUUGUUAACCAGGCAGGGUCUUAGCAUAUAGUUUGAGAAUAUAUGUUAAUUACUAUUUUUUACCAAGAAAGUUUUUAUUGAUAACAAUCCGUAACACUAAGAAAGGCCCUAAUAUGUAAUAUUUUUCCUCUAAAAUAGAUGUGAAAAUACAAAUUUUGUAACGGCACUAUUUAUCCUGGUUCCAUUCUAACAGGAUUCCAUGUCAGUUUCAUGUUGUGAUCAAUAAAAGCAUUUUCUCCUCA